AGAUAUUGCUGAAGCUCUCUUAUCACAGGGCUAAGUGUUUUCAUGUGAUGGUGGUCAGCUGUAUGUGUGCACGCGUGUGGUAAUCAAGGAAGGUAACUGAGGUCACCCACAGGGGUGUGCAGUCCUCCCCUGCUUCUGUGUUUCCUGUGCACUGCUCCAAAUGGUUGGGCAUCACUUGCUAAGGCUGCUGCAUUCUGCAACAAAUCAAAAUACUUAUUACAGAAAGAAGCUCACAGUAGAUAAAUUAGCUAGCUUAAACUCUUCUCCUCAAUUAUGAUUAAUAUUUCUGGUUUUCUUACUGGUUGUAUUUUCUUGUGAAACGUACUCUUGAAGGGAACAAGUUUCAGAGGAGUUCUGAUGUCUUUAAGAAUAGUUAUAUCCCAGGCUAGAUGGUGGGAUAGGAGGGUUUUUUUUUGUUCGGGGUUUUCAUGGUUUUUGGUGCUUUUUUUAAAGCCUGCCUUAAUUUUUCAGUUUAAGGUUCUUAGCCAGGGAAGAGAAAGCCCUAAGCAACAUGUGUAAGUCUGAAGCUAACACUGUUUUGGGGAAAAGGGGUUGAACUGAAUGACCUCCAGAAGUACCUUUCAACAUUAUUUCAUGAUUGUAUUGUUACUAAAGGUCAGGGGGAGGAGACAGAUGUGCAGGGAACCAAAACCAAACAAAACCCCACUUAUAUUGUAGGAUGCAGUUAUAUAGCUCACCUGUGAAAUACAGCUACAGAAUGCUUAUAGCUCAUGUGGUUGUCUAGUAAAACUGACUUUGAUCCAUAAUGUGAAAUCUCAUAUUUACAAUAGUAAGAUUAGUUUGUUUCCUGUGCUUAUACUCAGUUUUCGCUUUAAUUUAUUUUAUGCUUAUUAUAUUAUGAAAUUAAAGUUUGUGCAGCCAGUGAAUUUGCUGGAGUUUCUUUGGAGAGAAGAAAAGCAGUCUCCCUGAAGAAAGUAAUUUGUGUCUAAUGUUUGGGUCAAAAAAAACUGAAAAAAGCAAUACCUCAAGCUUAAAUAAGGAGUUUAACUGUAUGUAAGGACUAGAACGGUGUCGCAUCUUAACUUGUCCAUGUUUGUUCUGCUGGUGGACGAAGUGUGGCUCUCAGCUGGCAGGUGCUGCAGCUGGUACAGGGUGUGUGUGUCUGUCCUGCUUCAGCAGCCAUCCUGGUUUAAGUACUUUUAAUAGUAACCUUUGCUAACCUGAGUUAUUUUGGCUGAUGGAGAUCAGGGAGCCUGUGGUGGGUUUACCAUCCCCUGUGAAGCAGCAGUCUGCUGGGGAGGGUUGCCCACAGACUCUGGCUGGCACAGCUCUCUGCUUUUUGUCACACACAGGCUGCAGUGUGCAACCAGCAGUGGCCAUCAGGGGAAACUAACCUGUACCUGUGUUACUUUCUGGCAAAGAUUUUUUUUUUUUUUUUCCCCGCCUCGGUGUUUCAAGCUGCUUUUAACAUUUUAAACUUGUGCCUGUACAUUGCUGGGAUAAAGUAACCUGCUGCAAAACAGAAUCAUAUCAGUAGAAUUUUAUGGAUAAAACUGCAGAGGUACAUUUAAUUAAAUUCUUACUCUUGUGUAUGCAGACCUGUCCAUAUUUUUACCCUUCAGUCACCAGCUUUUAAUUCCAGAGAUCACUGCAUUACUUUCCAAAAUCUUAAAUCAGCAAAGGAUUUAUUUUUUGUAAAACCAAACUCUCUAAAAUUCCAGUUCUUUGAGACUGGAAGAUGGCUUGUGCUGUCUGAAUCCCAUGUAUCUGAUGAUGCAGUGCUGCAGAUUUUGAAAGGAAAUGCAUUCCUUCCUGAAGAUUAUGAUCUAAGAACUGCCUUUCUGUAUCAAUAUUUAGAUUAAUUUUGUUGACUUUGCCAGGCCUUCUCUAAAAGUCUGUUUACAUUUGUUUAACUUAAAUUACUUUUGUUCAACUUGGUAGUAAGCCAGACUGGGCUAAGCUCAGUAUUUGAAUGCCUUUGUCAGAAGUUAAAGUGGAAACUUGAAAAAUAUACACCACAAAAAAAAACUUAUGCCAAACCCUCUGCUAUUGUCAUAUGAGCCCUCAUGAAUGGUUAUUUCAUUCCAAAUAAGUUGAGGUUGCUGUUUAUAAUUUAGCAGUAACUUUGUGGUGUGAGAACUACCUUAUUUAGUGUGGUAAUGUGUUUCCUUUGAAGUCUUAGCAGGACAGUGUGUCAACAUGAUUCUUAAUUGGACUUAAUAUGAAGAUUUUUUUCAGAGUGCCUUUCCUAUGUUUAUAGGAAUCAAAAAAUCCCAAACUGAACAAAAAAAAUUCACAAACACACACCCACACCCACCUAACAAAAUCUAACCCUGUGUAGUUGAUAAUAAAGUUGAAUGAAAAAAACAGGGAAUCGCAAAAUUACUUGGUUGGAAGGGAACAUAAAGGUCAUUUAGUUCCAAGUGCCCUGCCAUGGGCAGGUGUGCCAUGCAUUACAUUAGUUUGCUCAGAUCCCCAUCAAACCUGGCCUUGAAUGUUCCUAGGAAAGGGGCAUUCACAGCUUCUCUGGACAACCCGUUCCAGUCCCUCACCACCCUCACAGUAAAGAAUUUCUUAAUAUCUAAUCUAACCUGCUCUCUUUCAGUUUGAAGCCAUUCCCCCUUGGCCUGUCACUACAUGCUCUUGUAAGAAGUCCCUCUUCAUCUUUCUUGAAGGCUCCCUUCAGGUACUGGAAGGCUUCAGCUGGGUCACCCUAAGCCUUCUCUUUUCCAAGCUGAACAAUUCUAAUUCUCUCAGCCUUUCCUCAUAGGAGAGGUGUUCCAUCCCUCUCAUCAUCUUGGCAACCUCCUCUGGACUCCCUCCAACAGCUCCAUGGUGCUGGGACCCUAGAGCUGGAUGCAGCACUGUGGUCUGUGAGACCCCACAGGAGCAGAGCAGAGGAGCAGAAUCCCCUCCCUCAACUUGCUGGCCGUGUGUUUUUGGAUGCAGCCCCAGGACAUGUUUGGUUUCCUGGGCUGCCAGUCUACAUUGUUGUGUCCAGCCUCUCAUCCAAGAGAACCCUCAAGUACUUGGCAGGGCUGCUCUUGAUCAGUUCAUCCCCCAGAACAUUUUACAUGGGUCAAUGUCAACAGUGAUUUACUGGAAGGAUGUGUGAAAAACUCAAUUUGUUGUAUGAGGGCUUUGCUUCUUUGUUGGGGUUUUUGUUUUGUUUUUCCUUUUAAUCUGAAGGAAGUUUCAAUGGAUAUGCAGAUGUGCAAGUUUGUAAGGCCCGUAUUAGUAGUAUUGUUGAAGAGGUUUGCCGAUUUCUGUAGAGUAUCUUCAUGCAUCUAUCAACCACCUCAUCUGUGGCUGUAGUUCAGUGAAUUCUCCCAAUACUCCAAAGGGUCAUCUUGCAUAACACCUGAAUGGGCAAUUUGGCAUUAUGGAUAAGCCGGUGUAACACUGUGGGCUUUUUUCCAAAAAGAAGUGGUCUUCAUUCUGGUUCUACUUGCUUUUCCUGUGUUGUAACGAUUGUUUGAUGCAGGGUGAAUAAAGUCAGAAGAUGAGUUUGCAGCUAUACAACCAUGAAGGCAGAUGCAGAGUGGUACAAAGCCAGCAGUGGGGCUAACUCUAAUGAAAUACUGUAAUUGUACCAUAGGGAAUGUAUUGCCUCCAAGUGUUAUGAAAGAAGGGUUUGCCCUUGCUGUGAUGUGUUAAGGUGAUCUUUCUGUGACAGCUGGAAUGCACCUGGCUGAACCUAAUCCAGUGAAUGGGGAAGUCUUCAGUCAGAUGAGCUUCCUGGUCCUGAUUCAUAGUGCAGCUUCAGCUUUGGUGCAGGGAAUCAGUUUGGGGUUUUUUUCUCAUUUUUUCCUUUUGCAGGCUUCUGGUAGAGAUGCAGGCUGUGGCUGACAGUAAUCAGGGCAGGUUACCUGAUUAAAUGUCUGUCUCCUUACCUAGCUCUGGCAUGAAGUCAGCGCUCCUGUGAGUAAACUCCACUUGCAGACAGCCCUUGCCUUUUCUCCUCCUGUUCCCAGCUGGUUGUGGGACUAGUGAGCUGAGUCACCUCAGCUGUGGCUGAUGGGGCAGGUUCUAGAGUUGCCAUGAUAAAAGAGGCAGAAGCCAAGGCCUAGAAGUGGGAUUAUCCCUUUAGUGGCCCAAACUGUAAAAAUGAUUUGUUAGUCAACUGAAAAUUUAUCCCAGUGAUUCUGUUUUCCCAGCACUUGCUUACAAGAAAAGGUAGGGAGAGCACUGAUUUUAAAUUAAUUUCACAGGCAUGCCUACAAAUGCAUCUUUUUCUGUAUUGCUCUGUGCAUUUUAAUUACUCCCUUAUGCUUUUGCAAGCAUCUCAUUUUCCCUUGUUUGCCUGUAGGUCCAGCUGCUUCAGUUUUGUCUUGUUACUUACCCCUUAUAUAUGCCAUGUCUAAAUCUUGGUCUCAUGUGAUUUUAAAAAACAGUAUCUAACUGGGUGUGAAGGGUCACAUAAAUAUUUCUCAGUUCAUUUAUAAAGAGAAUCUUAGUCCUUUAAAUCUCCAACUGUUCUACCUUCUUGAACAGUGUGGUUUAUAGAACAAUAAUCCAAGAACAGCUCGUUUAGCUUGCUGCGUUCAUUGAGUUUUUCCUAUAUGAAGCACUGAACACAGUAGCAUCAUUUGUUCCACAAAUGUGUUUGAAUUCCUUGGUUUAGUUCCCUAUUUGUAAAACAUUACAGAAUACUGCUCUAAUGUAUAAAGAAAUCUUGGGGGGUCUUUAACUUAAUUUAAGCACUAACUCAGGCACAUUUAAUCAUAGAGGGAUCGUUAAGUGCAUUCUGUUUCAUGUGUAGGAGUUUAUUAAACAACUUUGGCACAGGCUCUGCUGAAUUGUUAAUUAGUAUAUGAUUAGUUUGCUAAUGGAAGUGAGGACUAGUUUCCAUUUUAAGGUACAGAGUACCUGUAAGCCCAAAGUCAUGACCUGAGCUAAAAUCCUUAGUUGAUUUUGAGGUAUAUUGAAAUCAUUCAGUACUGAAGUAGUAUGACUACAGAAAGAGAUUGUUUCUUCUUCUUUUGCAGUUGGUUUUCUGUUAUAUUCACUUUUUGAGCUUUCCUAAAAAGUCGUGUUGACCUUCCUGUAUUUUACUGUGUAUCAUGGUUUAACCCAGGCAGCCACUUGCUUGCUCACCCACCAAUGGGACUAGGGAGAGAAUUGGAAGGGUGAAAGCUGGAAAACUCGUGGGUCGAGGUAAGGACAGUUCAAUAGGGAAAGCAGAAGCCACACAGACAAGCAAGGUGAAACAAGGAAUAAUUCUCUGUAUCCAUUUGACAGGCAGGUGUUCAGCCAUCUCCAGGGCAGGCUGCUGGCUGAGUAUCUGAUGUGAUGGCAGAGCCCUAUCAUGUGUAAUGCCUUCUUGGGGAGACAAAUGCUGGCGCUCCAUCUCCUUCUUCCUCUUUCCAUUUUUAUAUACUGAGCAUGUCAUAUGGCAUAAAAUGUACCUUUGGUCACCUGUCCUGCCUGUAUCUGCCAGCCAUCUCCCAUGUACCUCCAACUUCCUCACCAGUGUGGCAGCACAAAAAGCAGAAAAGGUCUUGGCUGCACGUAAGCACUGUGGGAAAUAACAAAAACAUCUCUGUAUUAUCAGUCCUGUGUUCAUGACAAAUCCAAAACACAGCCCCAUACCAGCUACUGUGAUGAAAGUUAACUUUCCCCCAGCCAAAACCAGCACAUUGAUAAAAGAACAAAAAGUAAAGUUCACAGUAACUUCUGCAGUCAUAACUAGUUAAUGUACUUGUACCUCUAAAAUAUCUAGAACAUACCUGUGUAACUUCAUUGGUUUAACAGGUUGAUUUCAUCUAGGAAAGACCCCUGUAUUAAGAGACAUUCUGUACAUAGUAAUUAGAAGAAUCCUUAUUCAUUCCAUACAUAGAGUCAAACUAGUUUAACAGUGCCAGUAGGUAAAUUAAAUUACUAAAAUUUUACAGACAUUAGUUUUGUACCAGUAAACUAGUCAGGGUUAUGCGGUACUUUUUUCCAAAAUAAACUGAAGAUCUUAGGAAUACACAGAAUUUUCUCAUGUUGUGUCUUCAUGCUGAUGUGGUUUGUUCUUACUCAUUUAAAGGACCUUACAUCAGAAUCAAGGCACUUGAUAGUGGGCCAGCUAUACCAACAGUGUAAUAUAAUAAAAUGAGAGAUGUUGUCUUUUAUAUCAAAUUGAGCAUCAAAACCUAAAGAAAUAUACUCCCUGGUACUACUUUUAAAGUCCUUAGUCUACAGGGAUAUAAUAUUUAAAAAUACUAUUAAUAGGAACCUCCUACUAGGACAAUUAAAGUUGUGUAACUUUUGUCCCUGGAGAAGGUUAAGUUAAAUGAUGAUGUCUUUUGGGUAUAACUUAACUGUACUAGUGGAGAGGUUAGUGCUUCUGACUACCAACCUUCAAAAUUGCUGUCUGCUCUUGUGGGAAUGUUUCCUGAUGCAUUUCAGUUGAAGUAAGCCUGAAAUACUUUUAAAAUGUAAGUAUUUCAUAAGUUAUUUUGACUAAAACAUUGAGAAAACUCUGGCACAUAAAAGCUGAGGAAAAAGUAGAGACAAGGGGUUUAAUUGGUGCAAGCCAAUGAAAGUUGUCCACUGCUAUGGUGGCCUACAGAGUGCUUAUCUUAAGUAGCAGUGGAACACCAUUGGAACGAUGGUGCCAGAUUCACCACCACCCUGUUUGUACUGAUGAUAGUGAUGCAUUUAAAAAUAAUUCUGAGUCAAGAAGGCUCACUAACUCAUUUACUAGGGACAUAAACUAACAAUAUGUAACUUACAAGACAAAAAGAUUUUAGUAGCAUUUUGAGUCUGAAAAGAAAUAAAUGCACUUUAAUAUAUUUAAGAGGAAGACUAAUGCCUUCCUUCUGUAAAAAUGCCUGUUUUUAGAUGCUGCUUCUGGUGGAUGGGUGGAUUGAACUUUUGUAAGGAAAAGAGACAGAGAUAUAAAUCUGUUUAUUAUUAUUUUUGAAAUGUUUUUGAAACAGCCUCCUUUUUUAUUUAAUUAUGUGACACGUAAUGCUGUCAAACAGUCAAGGAAUAAAUUUGAGAACAAGUGCAAUGAUCAUCCUUGUAAAGCGGGUCUAAUCAGUCUAAGUACAGAUGCUGAUAUUUGUGUUACUCUCUGCCUAGAGCAAUAGAAGCAAAAUGUUUCUGUACUAUGUAUAUUCUGAGAAGAGGAUUUUUCCCUGUUCUCAGAAAUAAGAAAAUAAACAAAGGCAUCAUCACAGACUAGGGGAAUACAAGGCUGCCAAACUAGAAUGUAUUGUACAUUUGCAGAGGCAGUGGUCUAAUCAUAUUGACAGUCUUAAUGUUGUUAAUUUGACAUAGUUGUAAGCAACAUAUCUUUUUAAAGGAAAAUUUUAGAAAGGUUAUGUUUGUUCUGUGUUUUACAGUGUGUCAGAUUAUAAUCGUAGAAAGUUAAAGAAGGAAGUAAGAGUUUAAGCUGUGAUGGUGUCAGUGGCUAAAUGGCCGUGGGACAAAGCACUUCUUACCACUUCAUUUUUCAGAAAUUUUAUGGUAAAAGUAAAAGCAAGGAUCUUAGUCUGAUGUGAAAAAGGGAAACCAGUAGAGCAGUUGAGUAGUACUUGUUAUAGGUGGCUAUAGGCUUGCUGGUUGAAACAGCAGCAGUUGAAGAUAAUUUUUGCAGGAGUAUUCCAAGUGAAAUAUAAAUGAGGCAAAAAUUAUUUGGGCAGUGUUUGUAAACAGCAUAAUGCUUGUGUGUUGGCAGGAGCCUUGGCUCUCCUUUCUUUCUUCUAGUCAUGAUAUAACUAAUAUUACAGUUCUUUAACUGUUGGACAUUAUAAAACAGAUCCUAAAAGUAUGUGCAGCUUUUUUAUGUUGUGGUCUCCAGUCUUGUAGAAUUCCAGGUUUCCUCCUUUCAAUGUUUUAGAUAACUUUAGAAAGGAAGUAAAAAUGUGGUUAUCAGUCUUAAAUACCUGAAUAAAAUUUGGUUUAUCAUGAUUUGUUUCAUUUAUUUUGAAAGGAGAAGAGAAUAUUCUAAGGAAAAACCUGACAAUUAAUUGACUCCAUCUUCUUCUUUCCUAUACUAACAAUAAACAUUUCUCAUAUGUGGGCUGGUGUGUCCUUUGAAUGUGUGUGGCAUGGUUUUGACAAGCGUGGAAAAGAGCAUUUCCAAAAGCAAGAAGAUUUACAUUAGAUGAGAACACCUUGAAGAUCACUUCGGUUACUGAAGAUCAAAACUCAGACUGAUGAUACUUAGAAUUAUUAAGGUUGAAAAAAGAUGGAAUUCAGCUGUUAACCUAGAGCCCCUGUGGUUGCCACUAGGCCUGGUGCUGUACACUUCCAGGGAUGGCAAUUCUAACACUUCACUGGGCAGUCUGUGCCAAUGUCUGACUACUCUUUCAAGGAAGAAUUUUUUCCAGGUAUCUAAUCUAAACCUCCCCUGGUGCAACUUCACUCCUUUCAUGUGCUUGUAGAGAGCAGUAAGUUUCUGCUGUGCCUCCAUUUCUCCAGGCUGAACAACCAAGUUAUGUUCCAGCCUUGUUGUCCUUCUCUGGACUGCCUCCAGCACCUCAGAGUCUUUCUUGCAGUGAGGGGCCCAGAACUGGACAUGGUGUUUGAAGCGUGGCCUCCCCAGUGCCUAGUACAGGGGGACAGUCACUGUCCUGGUCCUGCUGGCCACAGCAGUGCUGAUCCAGGCCAGCAUGCCAUUGGCCUUCUUGGCCACCUGGGCACACACUGGCUUGUAUUCAGCUGCUGUUGACCAGGCCUCAGCCCAUUGAUUCAGCCUGCUCAGAUCCCUCUGCAGAGCCUUCCUACCUUCCAGCAGGUCAGCACUCCUGCCUAGCUUAGUGUCAUCUGCCAACUUAGCAAGGGGGCCCUCAAUCCCCUCAUCUGGGUCAUUGAUAAAGAUGCUAGGGAGGGCUGAUCCCAGUACUGAGCCCUGGGGAGCACCACUGGUGAUUGACCACCAGCUGGAUGGAGCUCCAUUUACUACCACUUUGGGCCCAGCUAGGAAGCUAGUUCUCUACCCAGGGAACCCUGGUCAAGCCAUGAGCUGCUAGUUUGUCCAGGAGAAUACUGGGGCAGAUGGUGUCAGAGGCUUUGUUAAGCUCUGGGUAGGCAACAUCCAUGGCCUUUCCUUCAUCCCCCAAGUAAUUUUCUUUGCUGGGAAAUGAAGGUUAUGAGGUGUUUAGGGAGCAUUUCUCAAUUUCAGGUAGCUUUGAAUUUAGAAUAUAUUUAAUAUUUCAUAUUAAAAUAUGAAAUAAUUUAGCCACUGAGAGUGUUGGCUGGAGUAACUCAGGAAAAUAAGGUUUUAAAUAGAUGAAAAAUGUGCUAAAUUUUAAAAUUUACAUGAUAGAAGAAAAACAGCUGAAGCAGUUUUUUUUCUGCUUAAUUCCUUGCAGGGAUAUCUAAAGAGUGAUUAAGCAUACCUAACGUGAAGUCUAGCACAGAUACCCUAGGAAAUUCUGGUGAUUAAAGAUCAUGGCAACCAUAGAGGAACUGGCCCAUCAAAUUUUUGAACAGCAAAUGGGAGAGGUUACACAUUCCCAGGAAAGUGGUACUCAAACACUAAUGGAUGGGACACCACAACGAAUACAGAUUGUCCCUGCAGAUUCGGGCCUGUCUUUAUCACAGCGUAUACAGAUUGUCACAGAUCAGCAGACGGGCCAGAAGAUUCAGAUUGUUACAUCACUUGAUCAGAGCUCAGCAGGCAAGCAGUUCAUCUUAACAAAUCAUGAUGGCUCUACCCCAAGCAAGGUGAUCCUUGCCAGACAAGAUUCCACUCCAGGAAAAGUUAUCCUAGCAACUCCAGAUGCUGCAGGUGUCAACCAACUGUUUUUUGCAUCCCCUGAUAUAUCUGCACAACACAUCCAGAUUUUAACGGAUAACUCCCCCAAUGAACAGGGCCUAAAUAAAGUGUUUGAUCUGUGUGUUGUGUGUGGAGACAAAGCAUCAGGGCGUCAUUAUGGAGCAGUAACCUGUGAGGGAUGCAAAGGAUUCUUUAAAAGGAGCAUACGAAAGAAUUUAGUUUAUUCCUGCCGAGGAACGAAGGACUGCGUCAUUAACAAGCACCACCGCAAUCGCUGUCAGUACUGUAGGCUGCAGAGAUGCAUCGCCUUUGGCAUGAAACAAGAUUCUGUACAGUGUGAGAGGAAACCUAUUGAAGUGUCAAGAGAAAAAUCUUCGAACUGUGCAGCUUCUACAGAAAAGAUCUACAUUCGGAAAGAUCUCCGUAGUCCAUUAGCUGCAACCCCAACUUUUGUAACAGACAAUGAAACAGCAAGAUCAACGGGUUUGCUGGAAUCAGGAAUGUUUGUUAACAUUCAUCCGUCUGCAAUAAAAAGUGAACCUACUGUGCUGAUGACUCCAGAUAAGGUAGAAGCAUGUCAAGGAGAUUUAAGUACACUGGCAAAUGUGGUGACUUCUUUAGCAAAUCUCAGUAAAUGCAAAGACGUGUCACAAAGCAGUACAGAGCUAUCCAUGAUCGAAAAUUUGAGUAAUGGAGAUGCGUCAUUAUCUGAACUCAAGCAAGAAGAACAAGCUAGUAGUGAUGUUACAAGGGCAUUUGAUACUCUUGCAAAAGCAUUAAAUCCAGGAGAGAGCACGGCAUGCCAGAACUCUGAAAGCAUUGACACCAGUGCACAGCUGCUUGGUGGAGAAACAAGCAUGAACAUUGUUGAAAUAGAGGGGCCACUACUCAGUGAUGCUCAUGUAGCAUUCAGGCUCACCAUGCCUUCUCCUAUGCCUGAUUAUCUUAAUGUUCACUAUAUUUGUGAGUCUGCCUCCAGGUUGCUUUUCUUGUCCAUGCACUGGGCACGUUCCAUUCCAUCUUUCCAAGCUUUGGGACAGGAUAACAGCAUAUCAUUAGUAAAAUCCUGCUGGAAUGAACUUUUUACGCUUGGUCUAGCACAAUGCUCACAAGUUAUGAAUGUGGCAACGAUCUUAGCUGCUUUUGUUAAUCACCUUCAAGGCAGUUUACAACAAGAUAAGCUGCCAACAGACAGAGGAAGACUAGUAAUGGAGCAUGUCUUCAAACUGCAAGAGUUUUGUAACAGCAUGGUUAAACUGUGUCUAGAUGGAUAUGAAUAUGCAUAUUUGAAAGCAAUCGUCCUCUUCAGUCCUGAUCACCCAGGUCUAGAAAAUGUGGUACAGAUUGAGAAAUUUCAAGAAAAAGCUUACAUGGAGUUCCAAGACUAUGUUACAAAGGCGUAUCCAGAUGACACCUACAGACUGUCUAGACUUCUUCUGCGAUUGCCUGCUCUCAGGCUGAUGAGUGCUGCCAUCACUGAAGAGCUGUUCUUCGCAGGACUGAUUGGCAACGUUCAGAUUGACAGCAUCAUCCCAUACAUUCUGCGAAUGGAGACAGCAGACUACAACUCUCAGAUCAUAGGGCAUGGUGUGUAAAAGGAGCAGUCCAGGAUUCUGUACCAUGGCAAUCAUGGUGAUGUACAUGCAUACCCUGUCUCCAAGAGAUGGUCAUAAGCCUUCCAAUGCACCUUUCCAAAGAAGGCUCAUAUUCCUCCUUUCCAGUACACUUGGGGAAUGUGGUGGAGUGUAUUAGGAUAUAGGAUCCCUUCCUAUUCUUCUUCUGUCUUCAAGGACUUGUAAAUUAACUUGAUAUCUGAAGAAGGUCAAGAAUUGUCCAUCCUAUUUUUGUAGGUAGACGGACUUGGAAUAUUUGUUUAUGAAGUUCAGGCAUAUGAGGAAACUGAAGAAGCUUUGAUUGAACUAAGGUAUCUCAACUUAGUUUGAUGUUUUAGACAAAUAAAUUAACUUUCCUCUCUGA